CGUUCCCUGCUUUACGCGCUCACAGUGGCUUCAGCUCUGAGUCUGCAUGGAAAUCUCGGAUUUACCCUCAAAAAACCAGGAGACUGAAUCCAUCCAGCGGCUGUGAGACGCUUCCAUCACCCAUCGCCGCAACUGUUUCUGCAUCAGCUGCUUAUUUUUGAAUGGAUCUCCUCGCCUCUAUCUCUGGCUUAUUUCAAGAUAGCGAUUCCUAAAAAAAAAUAACAAGAAGAAGAAGAAAGAGAAAGAAAAGGUCGUGGGGAAAUCUACAAAGCAUUCGGACAGCGACUGGACACCGAGUGGGAAUCUGCACAUUUAAUGACUUUUCAGGAAACAAUUAUAUUUUUUGAGACGCGAACACGAGACUCUGUGGCUUAUCGGCAUGGACAUUUUUUGCAGUGAAUGAACGGAGGGGCACUAACCAAUAGAGAGGCAGAGAGGGCUUGGCUAUAACCUUAGCCUCCCAUUUUCUCUCUCUCUCUCGCUCGCUCUCUCGCUCGCUCUCCCUCUAUCACCCCCCUCUCCUCCUCUCCUCCUCCUCUAUGCGGGGCUCUGGCCAGUCAGUCGCCUUUGAUUAUCAGUCUCCAGCAGCCCCUCUCUUGGCUCCUUGACAUGAGCACCAUAUAAGGCGCAGCGAUCUCCAUAGAAACGUGUCAGUUUCAAUAGUAGUGUCAAAGUUCACUAUAUACAGACAUUCGCGCAGAUCCCCCGUUUCGGAAACAUUGCUCUGCUGGUCCUCCCGUUUAAGCGCAUUCAUUUUUUGGGUCUCUCCUUCUUCUUGCAUAUUCUAUUAGUUGUUGGUGUUUUUUCCUCCUCUUCUUCUAUUUUUUUAAUCUUUUUCCUCCUCGUAUCUUCAUUCCUCCUGCUGGAGAGAGGUGAAACUAUACAUGGGCACUUCGUUCGGCGACGCGGUUUUCUCUCGCUGCUGCUGGGCGAGAUGAUGAGGCUUGUUUAAGAAUAUAGAUGUAAAGAAAAAAAAAUCCAGCUCUCCAGUUUUUUCCUGCCCUCCUGCGCGAGAGAGACGAAGACGGGAGCGUGAAGGAGCCAGGGGAAGAGAAGAGAAAGGAAUUUAUCUCCGCAGCACUUUGGAUCGCGUGUCUUUCCAGCAAAAGGUUUUUUUUUUACUCGUUCCUGCGUCCAUGUGAAUCGCUCCUGCCUUUUUUCUCCCUUUGUGGCUAUUUUAUAUCAAGCUGCAAUUUGUUACGUCUGGACUCGGGUUUUCCUUCAAGAUUAGGGAUUCCUGAAUGGCUGUCUGCAAUUUACCUUGGAACUGGCCUCCCGAUACUUGCAUAUCCUGAUCGGGUGCCGAUUCAAUCUGCCCUCCUGUAUUCUGAAUGUAUUGAUCGCGUUCUUCUAACCCCCCCUGUAUGAGAUUGCGUGCUCCGAUUUGACUUUGCACUGCCCGCUCUUUUGAGAUCUAUUUUCUAUUCUCCUCUGCGCUUCAUAAAACACCGGCGACCAUUUCGCUUUAUAGCACUUUCCGGGGCCGAGAUAUGGCAAUGGUAGUUAGCGUGUGGCGAGAUCCGCAGGAAGACGUGGCCGGUGGACCUCCGAGCGGCCCCAACCCAGCAGCGCAGCCGGCGAGGGAGCAGCAGCAGGCGGCGUCGGCGGCGCCGCACACUCCGCAGACCCCCAGUCAGCCGGGACCCCCGUCCACACCGGGGACCGCCGGGGACAAGGGAAGUCAGAAUUCUGGACAGAGUCAGCAGCAUAUUGAAUGUGUGGUUUGCGGAGACAAAUCGAGCGGCAAACACUAUGGCCAGUUCACCUGCGAGGGAUGCAAAAGUUUCUUCAAGAGGAGUGUACGGAGGAACUUAACAUACUCAUGUCGUGCCAAUAGGAACUGUCCCAUUGACCAGCACCACCGGAAUCAGUGCCAAUACUGCCGGCUGAAGAAGUGUUUAAAAGUGGGAAUGCGCCGGGAAGCGGUUCAGCGAGGACGAAUGCCGCCAACUCAGCCCAACCCAGGCCAGUACGCGCUGACGAACGGGGACCCUCUGAACGGCCACUGCUAUCUGUCCGGAUACAUCUCGUUAUUGCUGCGGGCCGAGCCUUACCCGACGUCCCGGUACGGGAGCCAGUGCAUGCAGCCCAACAAUAUCAUGGGCAUCGAGAACAUCUGCGAGCUGGCGGCUCGUUUGCUCUUCAGCGCCGUGGAGUGGGCGAGGAACAUCCCUUUCUUUCCCGACCUGCAGAUCACCGACCAGGUGUCCCUUCUCAGGCUGACGUGGAGCGAGUUGUUUGUGCUUAACGCGGCCCAGUGCUCCAUGCCUCUGCAUGUGGCCCCUCUGCUCGCCGCGGCGGGCCUCCACGCCUCCCCGAUGUCCGCGGACCGCGUCGUGGCUUUCAUGGAUCACAUCCGGAUCUUCCAGGAGCAAGUGGAGAAGCUUAAGACGCUGCACGUAGACUCGGCAGAGUACAGCUGCCUCAAGGCCAUCGUGCUAUUUACAUCAGACGCUUGCGGCCUGUCAGACGCUGCUCACAUCGAGAGCCUACAGGAGAAAUCCCAGUGCGCCCUGGAGGAGUACGUGAGGAGCCAGUACCCGAACCAGCCCAGCCGCUUUGGGAAGCUCCUGCUGCGGCUGCCCUCUCUGCGCACCGUCUCCUCGUCGGUAAUCGAGCAGCUGUUCUUCGUCCGCUUGGUAGGUAAAACUCCUAUUGAAACCCUCAUCAGGGAUAUGCUAUUAUCCGGGAGCAGCUUCAACUGGCCUUACAUGUCCAUCCAAUGAUCCUUAUAUGAAAGUGGAAAAAAAAGAGAGAGAGGGAAAAAAGGACCAAAAUUCAGCAGCCCUCGCCCCAUCCUCCUCCAAGAAGACUAUAUAUAGGACCUUUUCUGAGAAACUUGGAAGACAUUACUUUUUUCUGUCUUCUGGGACUGUGAUGGAAUACAUUAUGUACAGAAAAAUAUCGGAUCUGGACUUUACACCUGUGUAAAUCCACCCUCAUCUUCAAGAACAAUACUCUUCAUUUUGUAAAAUACUAGUCUUUAUUUUCCUUUUUUUGUAAAAAAUACAAAUAAAAUGAAAAACAUCAUAUGCGCAGUAAGAAAAAAAAAAAAGAAUCAAGACUUAGCGGGAAAAUAAUGUUUCCAAGCAAUUAUAAGAAUUUGUCCUGUGUCUAUGUACCUCUCUGUUUUGUAUUUUUUCUGGUUCUAAACCAGGGUUUCUGUGAUUCUAUACUAAUAAUUUUUUGAUAUAACCUUUUGCUUCUUAUAAUGAGUGCGAUAUAUGUUGUCGAAGCUAUGUUCUCCAAGAAUUAAAAUUGAAGUGAGAAUUUAAAAACAGAAAAAUAAAGGAAAUUUAGACGAAUAAGAAAACAGUCUAAUCGCUAUGACAAUAUCACCGCUGAUGGUUGAACUUUUUCCCCCUAAUUGAAAACAAUGGACCUGCAACAGCAGCAAACUGACCUCCAGGACAUUUUUAACUGGACGUCUGGGGCGCCUUUUCCCCGGACCCCUGAAUGCGCGUGGAAGUCGAUCAUCAGUCAAAGAGGAGAGACAUGAAAAUCAAAAGCACUUUUAAUAUAUCAUUUCAAAUACAAUUUUUUUGUUUGUUUCGUCUUGAAUUUUUUUUUUUUUUCAAUUGUUUCUUGAAUUUUAUUGGUUGUUGCCUUCAAUUUGCUUACUCCAUGAUACAGCUUUUUUUGCAGAAGGGUCGGUUGAUGAAGUUGUGUGAUGGUGACUGUACUAUUAAAAAAAGAAAUAGGCAACCGA